CAUGGCGACUACGACAUACCUACAAUUGUCUCUCGUCUUCUGCCUAUUGGCCUUCUGUUCCGACUGCCAUCCGCAGGGGGCACAGGCCUUUCCAAGCAGCAAGACACUUGCAAAAAAUCGAGUGAAUGUUAUCGAAAGUCGUCUUUCCGAGAAGACGAGCUCGACUGUCGAAGACAGACUUUCUGGAGUUCCAAAAGAGAAUCUACAGCUGCUACAGUACAAAGGCGAACUUCCUCUACUGAGUGCGAAUAAUAGCAAUACACUGUCUAUUUCGUACCCCGACGAGUGGUUUAUAGACAGCAUCUAUGGUGUCACGUACUGGGAGAACGACUUUGGCGAUGUCUAUUUUUCCGACGGCGGAGCCGGAAGGAACAGUUGGGCUGUGACAUGGGUACUGCCGCCACAAGUAUCUGCAGUUUACGAUUUCAACGUUGAGGUAGUCGUUAAGCCUGAAUACAAUAAAACAGCGACCGCCUAGUCCCAGCAGACGCAGCGGCCAUGCGGAUGCACAAAAUCCAGGGGCAUGAACUCUACUCCGGAAAUUGGAAACAAUAAAUAAUCAAACUGAAGGCAACGCCAAACAAAUGCGACCAGACAAGAUGAAGGACACAAUUGUUUUCAUGUUCUUGAUUGGCUCUUUCGUUCACAGUUAUUCCACAGAUGUAAAUAAAUUAUCAAUUUAAACUAAAUAAAUAUAAUUUCAAAAUG